AUGGAUAAGACUGCGUCUAAAAAACUUUCCACAAUGGCUAAGACUGCGUCUAAGAAACCGUCCGCCAUGGACAAGACUAAGCUCAAGAAAUGUAUUCUCGCCAUCGAUCUUGGCAGCACCGCGCUCCGCGCCGCCUUCGUUGAGUGCGAAGCGCCCUACACUUACCAUCCGAUUCAAAACAGAGAUGUAGACGCCGUUCGACAGUUUGGCGCACCCGUUACCUGCAGGGGCGACUUUCCGGUGUCAUGCUGUCCCCUCCGCGAAAACCCCUUUGACAAGAUAGGAGCGGAUGCUGUCACCGAUCCUGGCCAAAUUUCUGCCAAAUAUCUGAUGUACAUCCUCGCCAAGGUCGAUGACUCGGUCAUGGCCGAUUACCCUCUCCCGGCAGACAUUCUGGCCAUGAAAGACGACGAUUUGCUCCUCAGUGACUGCCGAACCAUCUUGGCCAAGCUGUUUUCAGGUCUGAAAGACCACGUGGACGACUUCACUGGGAGAAAGCGCCUGUGUUUUGACGAGAUUGUCCUGACGAUUCCCAGCCAGUGGAACGCAACUUUCGAGAAUGUUUACACGUCCAUCAUCGAGGACGUUUUCAGUUAUGAGAACGAGGACGGCGAGAAGAUGAAGAAGGAGGUCCACUACUGCGGCGAGGCUGACGCGCUGGCGCGAUAUGUCAUCCUCAACGAAGAAAAUGAGCUUGAAGACUGGGAGGUUGUCCUCUUCCUCGACUUUGGAGGCCAUUCCAUGUCUUACAGCCUGAUGGAGCUGAAGAGAACCAAAAACACUGGAGGCUCUGGUAACUCCAACAUGACCUUCUUUGAGUUGGGUUCUGGCGGCUGUGCCGGUGGAAGCGAGAUGUGGUCUCACCAAGUCCGUCAGUUGAUUAGCGAAAAGCUCGAGGACAACGGAGUAUCAGACCCUCAUGGAGAGAUAACCUUCCAGCUUCUUCAAAAUUUCAAUACCAAGAAGGGUCAACAUCUCAUUCCGAACAUGGAAGAUGGUGUGAUCGGCCUUGCUUCCGAGGAUGAACAAGGUGCUAUCGCGACCACCGUUAAUCUACCACGCAGGGAAGUCAAGCGCUGCUUCGACGCGGCGCUUAAGAAACCAUUCGCAAUGGCCAAGAGGCAGCUCAAGAAGUUGAAAGGCUUUAGUCGAGACUAUGAGAUCGGCGUCGUGGUAGCCGGAGGAACUCUCAUGAGCACCACAGCAAGGAGAGCAGUCUUCGCCGAUAGCGCUAUCCCGGAAGAACGGAUCAAGUAUACAGCCGACAUCGAUGUCAUCUGGCUUUCAUCGUGCAACUGCCACGGCGCAGCAUUGGCCCACGCGAAGAAGAUGACAGUGGCCCAGUUCUUCGCGAAUGGCGCCGUGAUUGCUCUCCAGCGAAAGGUUGGUCGCGGACGCGAUUAUGCUUGGGAGCAUUUUGCCUAUCUCCUGGUCGGGAAUGAUAAGAAGUACGUUGCGAGCGUAUACAACGCAUUCAAGGGCACGCAGAUGAGGCUCGUCUGCAACCCCACCUAUUUCGAGGAAGAUGCGGCAGACAAGAACAAGCAGGACAACGUGCCUGAAGACAUCAGCGAGUCGGACCCCAACACCAAUGUCAAAAUCCCUAUGGGGGAUUUCUAUGACCUACACUACCUUGGUUCCCAGAGGGCAGGAAGGCUUAUCAUCGAGGCAUCCUUGACCUCACCAAGCGGCACUGCAUCACCGGAGAGGACUCUUCAUGUGUCUAUCAGCCACAAGAGCCGACGAGACGCUCCAAAAGUCAAAGUCGACGAGCUAAACCUCCCCCUAUGCCUCGACCCCGGACACAACGCUGUUCAUGUUGACAUCGACACGCUCGGCUCAGAGGUGCGCGAUGAGCAAGCAGAGCUGAGGCAGCGUGAGGGGGAGACGGCAGAUGGAAAUUCGGGAUCCAGACCUAGUAGUUCUAGGAAGAAGUCAGCCACAUCAAAUGCAUCUAGAACCAAACGGAAGCGGGAGGACACAGAUGCUGCUCCUGACCAACCCAGCAAGAGGCCACGAACCCGUGCCGCUCCUGGCUCCGACGACCAUGUGCAACUUGACAAUUAUGGCCCCCCUGGGGCUGUGACGAGCAGCAAAAGAAAGGCGACUGCUGCCCCUGAAUCUUCCACAACAGCAACGAAGAAAGCGCGGAUUGCCACCUCUGCUAAGCAACCCAACACCAAGAAUAUUCCUGACAACAAUCAGUCAGAUGAAACACCCAACAAGCAAACCGAGGAGCAGCCACAAGAGCGCUCCGAUACCCAAGAUGCGUCUCAGCACAAUGACGAGGAGGACACAAAUCUCCAUACCGAUGAUCAGCCUGACAACGAGCUGGAUCAAAACCACGAUGCUGCCGCCACAGAGAGCAGGAGCAACAACCAACAACCAUCCACUCCCCCCUAUGUUUGCCCUACGUGCCAAAAGACGUUCGUAAGUGCAGCAAACCUCAGGCGACACAGCAAGCUCCACACGGGCGAAAAGCCGUAUUCAUGCUCAAAAUGCGGCAUGAGGUUUUCUCGAGGGGAUUAUUUAAGGGAGCACACUAGAGCACCUGGUGGAUGUACCGGUCACCAAGGAGAUUCUGGAGAUGAGAAUAACGAUGGCGUGAGCACGACCGGAGCAGAUGAAUCGGGGGUGUCGAAUAUGCACAAAGGUGCUUCACAGGGCGAAUCUUCGGCGGCGGCGGAAGAGCGCCGUUCCUCUGAGCACAACAGCUCCAACAACAACUCCAACCUCAACCCCAACAACAACGGCAAUACCUCCCGUUCCACUCGAAACCAAACCGCCGAAAAUGCCAGGGGGGCUACGGCCACAAGGGACAGAUCCCAUGCCCCUACUGCGACUGCCGACCGGCCGGCAACAACCACAGCAACAACAACAACAACAACAACACAUACCAACAGCAGGUUUGUCCCAAGGAGCAGCCCGCCUAAGAGCCGGAGGAGGCACCAAACGGAAUCUCCUCCGGAACAACGUUUGCAGCCCCAGCCCCAGGCUCAGGCCCAGCCACAGCCCAAGCGAUCACCUCGCAAGCAACAACAACAAAAGAAGAAGGCACCGGCGGUUGCCUUGACAACAGCAGCUACGCGGCAACAACAGCAGGCUAGACCUCAGGCUCAUGCCGGGUCAUCACGGUUCCAAGCCCAAGCCCAACAAGCCCUCAAAAUCCUCCAGAAAGAUGAGGAGAAGAUAGCGGAUUCUAUCACGGUCAAGAUCUCUCCUGACCCUCCUAACAGUUCUCUGGCUGGUCAACAAGUCGUUGAUGAGGAUGAGGCUGAGGAGGAGAAGCAGGAUGAGGGCGACGACGAGGAUGACUAUGACAACGGCGGUAAUGGCGGUGAUGACGACGACGAUGGCGACGAUCAUCCCUCAGGGUCUGGAGAUCUUGGGCUUAGGAGGAUAUUCUUUUCUUCCAUGGAGCGGGAGAGGGAGAAUCUGGGACGACCAUCUUCACCUAUUCUGGGGGAGAGGGGGAAGCAAAGCAGUGGCAAUGAGGGCAACGCAGAGGAGCAAGACCAUAUUCCCGGCCCUCUGAGUAUUUCUCGACUUCAGCGGACAGUCCAGGCAGAGGUUCGCGCCUCUAGUUCUCCACAGAGGGCGCACGGCGGUAGUAGGGCCGUUGGCGCCGCUGGGAGGAAUAAGGAGAACCGGCGGGAGCAGAUAAUUGGGACCGGGACUGUGGCUGCGGCUGCGCCUCAAGUCUUGACUGAGGAGGGAAGCCGACGCAGACCUACCAGAGAAGAAAAAGGCAAGGGGAAGGCAGUUGACGAACCUGUGCCCAAGCCCAAGCCCGCUACCGCUUCCAGGGCAGACCCGCACCCGCUCGUCCCGCGGAUGUUUUAUGGUCAAGUCUCCUCUGGCUUUGCCUCUUCCUCUUCCUCCGGCUUCGCAUCUUCCUCAUCCUCUGCCCCCGCCCCUACCAUCCCCAGCACCACCACCACUACCACUACCGGCACGUCCGCCAGAGCAUCCUCCUCCACUGGCACCACCAUCCCGGCCACUCCACGUCCUACAAGGAAUGGCAGAGGCAAGGCCCAGGCCCAGACCAAGGCCAAAGAAACUGUCACCACCACAAGACCCCCCUUCCCCUGA